AUGCAGGCUUGUGAUCGGUGUUAUCGACGUAAGUCCAAAUGCGACAAGGCGGUCCCCACUUGUGGGCAGUGCCAGAAAGCUCGCACAUCGUGCGACUACAUCGAUCGGACUCGGGAGCCGACUGUCCGCCGAGAGGCCGUUGAGCGACUCGAGCGGCGACUACGGCAGGCUGAAGCGAAGAAUCGUGCCCUCACCUCUCAACUGGCGAUAUAUCAAGCGUCCCGGUCUAAUAGCGUUGGGAAUGAGUGCCGUGAAGGUCCCCGGCCAGCUGCCCUCAGCCCGAAUUUCCCCUUCGACCGUAAUGAGGUCGCCGACGAGGUUUCGUUCCUUUCCCUGCAGGCAGGAGGGGAACGCAGCUUUUCCAGUGCUGCUAGUGGUGUGGUGUUUGCAAAUCUCGUUCAGGGAGUCGCUUCGUUGGGUUCUUCCGGUUCCCACCCGCAAUGCACAAAUCGCACAUCUACUCAGCAAGUGAAUCAAACAGCCUCGUCACUAUCUAUAUCGCGAGAGCCAUUACCGCCCGAGAUAGUCGCUCGGCGUUUACAUCAAGCAUACUUCGAUCAUGACUACCUCUGCUAUCCAUUCCUCAAUCGCCACUCCGUGCUGGUAAACCUGGACCGCAUCUAUGCCGAUUUCUCAGUGUUAGGUGAUGCUACGGUCGCAUUUCCGUUCUACAUGGUGCUUGCAAUCGCGAUGGCUAGCGCACACAAAUGUGAUUGGCAGUCAUUGCCUGAAAGCGAGAACUUUCAAGCUCAUGCGAUGGCGCGAGUGACUGAAGUCCUUCAGCGCAGUGAUAUUCACGCUCUACAGGCCGUACUCCUGCUAUGCCAAUAUCGCAUGACCAGUCCAAUCCAAGAGAAGUCAACCAGUCUGUGGCAUAUGGUUGGAUUUGCUGCUCGCAUGUGUUUUGAACAGGGCCUUCAUCGUAAUGAAACUUACUAUAACCAGAGUGGACAUCCGGACAAUGAAGAUCUUCUAGCGCUGAGUGAAACUCGCCGACGAUGCUUCUGGUGUGUCGUCGAUAUGGAUCGAAUAGUCAGCAUCACACUCGGCCGGCCCUUAGCUAUUCACCUUGAGGAUGUUGAUACCGCUCUCUCCGAGCCAAAUAUCAUUGAGUCGAGCGAUUCAUCCUUGGAGAAUGAAGUCCUACCAUCCCCAACGGCGAUUUUCAAUCACAUCACACGAUACCGGAUAUUAAGUGGCAGAGUGAUGAUCUCGCUACACAGUAAUCGUGCUAAUGCACGCGAUGAAACUUCUGCUGCAGCGGCCCGUAUGGCCCUGGCGGAAGAACUGGAGCAGUGGCGAAACGAAAGCCAAAAUCUACACUUGCACCCUGAAAGCCACGAGAAGGCUCGGCGAUCCAGUUUCCUGUCUCCGGAGUGGUACGAAUUAUUAUACUAUAACACCCUCUUAAUGUUAUAUCGGCCUUCUCCAACCUUGUCCACGAUAUCAGCGCGUCCACCAGCUGCACUCCAAGCCAUCUUCGACGCGUCCCGAGAGGCGAUAGCACGUUACACCCUACUCCACACGUCCCAGCGCAUCAACUAUACAUGGAUAACCCUCCAUGCGGUCUUCAUGGCCGGGCUGUCCUACAUCUAUGCCGUAGGGCGACACUAUCGAAGUCGCAAAGCAAAUGCGAGUGCCACUACAGUGGGAAGCACCCUCUCCACAGAUCCGACCAUUAUUGAAGUCGUCAAUACCUGUCGUUCUUGCUCAAUCGUCCUCGUAGCUGUAUCCGAGCGAUGGGCCACGCCACGCCAUUGCCACCAGGUUUUUGAUCGGCUGAGCGAUGCAGUGCUAGCUGAUGUCAUCGCCUUCUUCACUAAGCCAACACCAACGCCGUCGGCGUCGAUCAAUCACGCCGGGAUGCCUUGUAAUACUAUGAUAGCGCCGCCGGGGCCGGACCUCGCUGCUCCAAUAUCCCCUGCUACCGGUGUCUCCACGACCCCGAUGUCUACAGCCACCUACUUUCCGUUGGGAGUUGACACUGCCUUGCGAGACUGCUUCGAAGAUCUUCAGCAUUUCCAUGAUGCAUAUGGUGGGGACGGUCCGAUCCGACAGCUCUCCCAAGAUUGGCUACAUGAGAUCGGCGGUAUGGCACUGCACGCUGUGCAAUUAUGGGGGGAGUAA